GUUGCUUCUCUUCCUUUGUUGAUUGAUAUCAAUCAAUUUACCAGCUCAUCGCCACCUCCAACUUCUUUCUUCGUAUAUCUCCUCCUCGAAUAAAUAAUACGAUCGUCGUAACCCUAUCUACCGUACUAGUUAAUUCUUUUCUCUCAAGAUUCCGUUGCUCAUUUCCAACCCCUUACACCCUUCUUCUCCAUGGCCACUGUCGACUCAUUGCUGGGCGACUCACGCCUCCUGAUUGCCUCCAAUCGUCUUCCUAUCACAAUUAGACGAUCUGGACAUGGCAAAUAUGAAUUCUCUAUGUCUUCCGGUGGGCUAGUGACCGGGUUGAGUGGUCUCUCAAAGACAACAACUUUUCAGUGGUACGGUUGGCCCGGAUUGGAAGUGCCGGAGGAUGAGAUCCCUUCUGUGAAACAGAGACUCAAGGAUGAAUUCAAUGCAACUCCAGUGUUUAUGGAUGACAAAUUAGCGGAUCGACAUUACAAUGGCUUCUCCAAUUCGAUCCUCUGGCCCCUGUUGCACUAUCACCCUGGUGAGAUUGUGUUUGACGAGGGUGCUUGGGAUGCCUACCGAGAGGCAAAUCUUCUAUUCGCCAAGACUAUUGCUAAGGAGGCCCAAGAGGGUGACCUGGUCUGGGUGCAUGACUAUCAUCUCAUGCUUCUUCCAGAAUUGCUUCAAGAGCAACUUAGUCUCCUGGGAAAGAAGAACAUUCGAAUUGGAUUCUUCCUCCACACACCAUUCCCCAGCAGCGAGAUCUACAGAAUCUUACCAGUCAGAGCAGAACUCCUGCGAGGCUUAUCGCAUUGUCAAUUGAUUGGCUUCCACACCUACGACUACGCACGUCAUUUCUUAAGUAGCUGCGCUCACAUACUCGGAUCGGUGACAACCCCUAGUAGCGUGAAGUACGAGGGUAGGACUAUCAAUGUGGGAGCUUUCCCUAUUGGGAUCGACCCCGACAAGUUCACUGAAGGCUUGAAGAGCCCAAAGGUGCAAAAUCGCAUCGCAAGCCUAGAAAAUAAAUUCCAGGGAACAAAGUUGAUGGUCAGCGUUGAUCGCCUCGACUAUAUCAAGGGCAUUCCUCAGAAGUUACAUGCACUAGAAGUCUUUCUCCAAAACCAUCCAGAAUGGGUGGGCAAAGUCGUUCUGGUUCAGGUGGCUGUCCCAAGUCGUCAGGAUGUGGAAGAGUACCAGAACCUGAGAGCAGUAGUAAAUGAGCUAGUGGGAAGAAUCAAUGGCAAAUUCGGGACUGUGGACUAUAUGCCUAUCCACUUCAUGCACAAGUCAGUGAGCUUCGACGAACUUAUUGCUCUGUAUGCGGCAUCGGAUGCCUGCAUUGUUUCUUCGACAAGAGAUGGAAUGAACCUGGUAUCCUUCGAGUACAUUGCAACUCAACAGAAACGUAAAGGCGUUCUGAUACUGUCUGAGUUUGCCGGUGCUGCUCAGAGCCUUAACGGAAGCCUUGUCGUUAACCCAUGGAAUACCGAAGAUCUAGCGGAGGCGUACCACGAGGCAGUUUCGAUUACCGAAGAAAAGCGUGCCAUUCAAUUCUCGAAGCUCUACAAGUAUAUUUCGAAAUACACAAGUGCUUUCUGGGGUCAGUCAUUUGUGGCUGAGUUGUCUCAAUGCAAGUCAUUGAUAGACUAAGAACUGUCUCCCCUUCGUUCUUUUCUAUCUUCCUCAGUACAGACAAACGUACGACACAUAUUCCUUUUCGUAGCGGCAUAGCAAAUGAUUGUAAUACAUAGAUCGAAUGACGAUCUAACG